GCUGGCGGUGGCGCUAUCCGCGCCUGUUCCGGCGGAACCGGCCUGCGGAGCGCUCUGUGUCCGCUGUCUCGGCCACUCGGUGCCCGGCGCCGGACCACGCCGCUGUCUGCUGUGGUGACAGUUGUUCGGUAUGGUGCUCGACGCUGUGCUGGUGGCCCUGGCCACCCUGACCGUGUCGCUGUCGGCGGUCCCAGCGCAGAAAUGGGACAGUGAGGCCGUGCUGGCGGCCGACGGAUCCGUGCGGAUCCAGUGGCGGAUUCACGAUGGAAACUUCACCUGCCAGCUGGAGGCGACCACUCUGGGCUGGGUCGGAUUCGGCCUCUCUCCUACCGGAGCGAUGGCUAACUCGGACAUGGUAGUCGCCGGUGUGAAGGAUGGCAUGCCCUAUCUAAUGGACAUGCACUCAGCUGACUCGUAUCAGCUGAUUGCCGACCAGCGUCAGGUCAGCCACCUGGUGGCAGCCUCAGAAAACAGCACCCGUACGGUGGUGACCUUCACUCGACCUCUGACGCCUUCGUGUCUGCCCGAUGCCGUGCAAGGCGAGAACAGAGACAUCACGAUGGACACCCAGCGAGUGCUGUUCGCCUACCACGAGUCGGACCCGGAGCCGCUAGGGUCCCCUCAGCGCCACCAGCACCGCGGCCAGCGCAGCAUCCACCUGAGGGACCCGGCCGCCGGCCAGCCGCCGCCGCCGCCGCCCCCGCCCGGCGACCCAGCCGCCGCCGCCGCCCAGCCCGUGGUCUGGAAUGUGGUGCAGCACGAGGCCCGGCUGCCCUCGGAGAGCACCGUCUACUGGUGCAGGGUGGUGCGCGCUCCUCAGCUCACCACCAAACAUCAUGUCAUAAAGUACCGGCCGCUCAUCCAGCCCGGCAGCGAGCGUAUCGUCCACCACAUGCUGGUGUACCAGUGUUCGGGUCACGACUUCUCCGACCUGGCGGUGCACGCGGACGGCGGCGGCGGCGGCUAUCGCUGCUACUCGGCCAAUAUGCCCCCGGCGGCGCGCGGCUGUCGAGGGGCCAUCGCCGGCUGGGGCGUCGGUGGGGAGGACUUCGAGUAUCCGCCAGACGCCGGUUACCCGAUCGGUCCCGACCACGGAGCCGAGUUCUACAUUCUGGAGACGCACUACGACCUGCAGGACAGAACCGGAGUGGUGGACAGCAGCGGUCUCGAGUUCACGCUGACGCCUCAGCCGAGACGCGAGGACGCCGCCAUGCUCAUCGUCGGCCAUGACGUGUCUCAGCUGCAGCUGAUUCCUCCGGGACAGAGGACGCUGCCCGUGGCCGGCCACUGCUCCGACGAGUGCCUCCAGCUGGCGCUGCCCGACUCGGGUGUGACCGUGUUCGCCGCGCUGCCGCACACCCACCUGCUCGGCCGGCAAAUCCGCCUGAGGCACUUCCAGGGCAACACGGAGGUGCUGCCAUCUAUCGUGCGUGACGACAACUACGACUUCAACUACCAGCAACUGCGUCAUGUUCCCCCUAGGAGGGUAGCCAGGGGCGACCAGCUGACUGUCGAGUGCGUCUACCGCUCUACGGAGAGGCAGAACGCCACACUGGGCGGCCGGGCCACCCAGGAGGAGAUGUGCGUCAUAUUCAUGCUCUACUACCCCGCCGUGCAGUUGGCGCAGUGUGUCAGCACGCCGCAGAAGGAGCCGUUGCUCUCUGCCCUGGGGGUCAGCGGGGUCAGACGCGACGGCCGUCACGAUUUGGUGGUCACGUCUCCGGCCGAGUUUAAUGGGCUGUCACUGCAGGAGUAUGCCAACGAUCUGGACUGGUCUGAUCAGAGGCUGACGGCGCUGAGUGAGGUCGCCUGGCGCGGCACCCACGUGCCGGAGUGCUAUGAAUUCGGCCGAGUCGUCCUCGAAACAACGCGGAACACGACUGGGUACCCGCCCGGUGUCGAGCCCCAGGGCUGGCUGGUGCGGGACGCCGUCUGCCCGCAGCCCUCCCGGGGCGGGGCGCUCCUGGUGCCCUCUGUCCUGCUCGGAGUUGUGGUCGCAGUCUCGGCCGUCCUCGGGAACUGAACAUGGGCGGUGAGUGGUGGGAAGGGCGAGAAAAGGUGGUACAGUGAGAGUGUGGCUGUUGUACAUUCGUGGAUAGCGAACGAUGGAAGGCUGGCUGUUGUUGACUUUUUAAAGCGAAUCUUUCACUUGAGAGCCAAUUAGAGGCGAAUUGAUGACAUGUGCUUACCAAUGUAUGUAAUCGAUGAAUGUGCCUGGCUGUUAGCUGAUGUGAUAUCCAUUGAAAGUCACAGCAGUUUUGGACUCAGUUUUAGACUGCUUCUUGAAUUGGCGCUGUAAACCAUUGUGCACCUAGUAUAAUUCAUGAGCGAAUCAUGCGAAGAUAUUUUUGCCGAAAUGUAGCCUACCGCGUUUGUGAUGAAAUAUGUAAAUACAUAUGAUUCAUGUUAUCUAUGGAAAUAUUAACGCCAGUGCGCCAGAAGAUUGUAUUAGCAUUGUUGAGCGGCCAUGAGGGCUCGAUUGUCACGCUGUUAGGAGUUUAUUUAAGCCACUGAUUUGUGUACAUACGCCAUUAUUUGUUCUUAUCUUAAUUGCGCUUCUAUCUGUUAAUAAACAAUUACUUUCGUUAAU